UUUUUUUUAGCUGUGGUCUGUGAUUGAAAUGAAAAAAAGGUCAACUUUAAUAAACACUAAUUAGUAGAUUUUGCAGUGCUAUGUGAUGGGUGGGGGUUUGAUUCUUGAUUAUCUAAUUGUUGAUUCUUGUGGAAGAAUGAUGUUUGUUUUUCAAUCUUUGCUGAAAGUGUUUUAGCUGUGUUUGGAAUUUAAUAAAGGGGGAAACUUUAAACAAACACUAGUUAGUAUUUAUUCUAUGUUAGCUCGGACUCUUUGAAAAUGUUGUCGGGUGCAUGUUGGAUUCUUGAUAAGUAGUGCGUUUUUGGAGGAUCCGACAUGGGCGUGACAAUUUUUGGAGAGUGUGGGCAACUUGCUAAGGUUUAUGUAUAUAGUUUGCUGAUUUGGCAGUGCUAUAUGAUGGGUGGGUUUGAUUCUUGUGAAAGAAUGGAGUUUUUUUUGUGAAUUUUUGCUAAAAGUAUUUUAGCUGUGUUUGAAACUAAAAAGGUAAGCUUUGAACAAACAGUAGUUAGUAUUUAUGCUAAGGCUUAUGUAUAAUUUACUGAUUUGGCAGUGUUAUAUCUAUAAAAAUUAUCUAAAUGUUGAUUCUUGUGGAAGACCCCUUCUCCCCCAAGGUGUACUAAUAUCUGUUGCUGCACUUGUUUUUAAACAUUUUCUACUUUUUUGUCUCUUUUUCUUUGCAUCAACUAAUUUCUUUUGAGUCGAGGGUCUAUCGGAAACAACCUCUCCACCCUUCAAAGGUAGAGGUAAGGUCGCGUACAUCCUACCCUCUCCAGGCCACACUUCUAAUACACUGAGUAUAUUGUUGUUGUUGAUUCUUGUGAAAGAAUGCGUGAUUCAAGUGGAGGAGGAGGAGGGGAGUCAGUUCAAUUCUACAUGCCUUUUAUAAUUAACAUAAUGGUAACUGAUAUGGAAGUGUUAAGCUAUACUAGUCAAAUAUUAAAUAGAUGACUCACCAGGGAAUGCAUUGGGUAGCCAUUUAAGGAGUAAGGGAGGCAGAAAUCAUCCACUAGUUUGUGUAAUUGACAUGGCAACUGACCACCUCUGGGCUCCUCACUAGGGGAUUUUGAUUGGUGGCGGGGUAGAGAAGGAUGUCUUUGGGGAAAUCUAUCAAGUGAAAGAGGUCGAACUAGACUUCAGGAAAGCAUUAGGUGUGAUUUAAUUUUUUGGUUGUUUUGUAGCUCUCGUGAGAAGGUCUACGUGCUCUUUAGAUGGGUAAGAUUUUCAUAGGGGACAUGUUUGGUAGUUCAACUGUUAUCCUCCUUCUAUCUCAACUAAUCUUUGCUUCCUGAUAUAUCUUCAUUUGUUAAUGGGGUUUCUAUUUAUCACUGUAGGAUCCCCACAACAAAUCACAUGGGUGUCUUUUAUCGUACCAUACCCCUCACAUAAUAGAGACUCUGAGAAAAUGGCUAAAGAUAUGAAAGGAUCUCCUUUGGCAGCCUCUUUCGAUUAUGAGCUUUAUGAAGGAGAUCCUGAUCAUCUUAGAACUGUUGUUGCUGCACCUGCCCCAGCCGGUCCGUACAUUGAUCCUGCUUCAAUCAAACUUAAACAUAGGAUCGGACGUGGAUACUUUGGUGAUGUUUGGUCAGCCACACAUCAUCAAUCAGCUACUGAGUACGAUGAGCAUCAUGAAGUAGCUGUAAAAAGGUUACAUCCUAUAAAUGAGGAUCAGGUAAAGGCUUUCUUAAGUAAGUUCGAGGAUUUAUGGGUGAAGUUGAAGUCUAAACAAAUCCAAGGUGUUUGUUGGCUGCAUGGUAUCACUGUAAUAUCUGGAAAGAUCUGUAUAGUUAUGAGAUCCUAUGAGGGGUCAGUUGGUGAUAAAAUGGCUCGUCUGAAAAGAGGGAAGCUCCAGUUACCUGAUGUGCUUAGAUAUGGUAUUGAAUUGGGUAAAGUAAUACAAGAAUUGCAUUCAAUGAAUGUCCUGGUUCUGAACCUUAAGCCAACUAAUUUUCUUCUGAACGAACAUGAUGAAGUGUUCCUCGGAGACUUUGGUAUACCGUAUCUUCUCCUUGGAGUUCAACCGCCUGAUUCAGAUUUAGCACUAAGGCGUGGGACUCCGAAUUACAUGGCUCCGGAACAGUGGGAACCUGAGGUUAGAGGCCCAAUAACUUGUGAGACUGAUGCUUGGGGAUUUGGAUGCAGCGUUAUCGAGAUGUUGACUGGUGUUCAGCCCUGGUUCGGUAAAUCAGUCUAUGAUAUCUACCGUUUGGUGGUGAUAAACCAAGAAAAGCCACAACUUCCUGGUGGCCUCCCCACUGCUAUUGAGAAUGUUCUCAAUGGCUGUUUUGAGUAUGAUCUCCGCAAUCGACCUCUGAUGGUGGACAUUUUGCAAGCAUUUGAAAGCUCAAAGAAUGCUGUUUAUAGUGAAGGAGAGGGGAGCGACAUAGGAGGAACUCUGUCUGAGAAAAGCAAAACCUGUGGCUUUACCACAUGGUUCCUUUCAAAAGAUCAUCUUCAAGUGGGAGAUACUAUUCGCUCCAGAAAAAUGUUCAACUCCAGAAAUUCUCAAGAUUUGGCUGUGUUGGAAGGAAGUGUUGUUGGUCUCGAGAAAGAUACUGAUCGAGAUGGAUUUGUUCUGGUACGAGUCCCCAAUUUACGGAGCCCUCUUCGGGUAAAUGCAUCAACCAUAGAGAGGGUUACAUGUGGUUUGGCAACUGGGGAUUGGGUGCGCUUGGUCAAUGAAAGUAAGAAUCACUUCUCUGUGGGCAUCUUACACUCGGUGCAGCGUGAUGGAAGCAUCAGUGUUGGUAUUUUAGGCUUAGAAACAUUAUGGACAGGACAUUCUUCUGAAGUCGAAAAAGUUGACCCAUAUUUCUUGGGACAAUUCGUGCAAUUGAAAUCAAAUGUUGAAACUCCCAGGUUUGAAUGGCCUAAGAAAUGGGGAGGAGGAUGGGCUACUGGUAGAAUAUCACAGAUACUUCCAAAUGGUUGUCUUGUCGUUCAAUUUCCAGGAAGGUUGGUAUUUGGUGAUGAACCUAAUACUUUCUUAGCUGAUCCAGAUGAGGUGAUGGAAGUAUCAUUUGAUACAUGUCCUGGCAUUAUCAAGAAGUAUCAGCACCUCGAGGACUUUCACUGGUGUAUUCGACCACUUUCUAUUGCGUUUAGCCUACUUACAGCAGCAAAGCUUGGUGUAUCUGUAGGAAAAUGCAUUAAUGCGAAGCUGAAGAAGGAUCAUGAUCAUCGUACUAAGGAUGGUGAGGUUGGUGGCAAGCCGGCCUGGCUUCGACCAAAUAUCCUGUUUAAGGAAGGUGCUAGGUAAUCUCUACUUGUUGGUAAAAAAAAAAAGAGUAAAUUUCGUAGCAGUGGCACAAAACUUUGCAUCACAGUAUGUUGUAAACUUGACAUUAUGCUGAAUUUGUGAUAUGUAUGUACAUAUUUUCUUAAUACAAAGCUCUGCAGGUAUCAGAAA